GUUGGUUCUAGUGGCUCGCGAUCGAAAAUUUGUGUGUCUCUGGCAAAUAUUCAAUCGAAUUUCCGCCAUUUGGCAUUCGACAGUCGUCGACAUUGGCUGCAAUUUACGCUUAAAUUGAUAAUAAAAUAAAACACAUAAAAACAAUACCAGUGAGCGCGAGUGAAAAUUAGUUUAAUGAAAAACACAUUCGACAGUGUGAACAUUCAGAUACGAUUUCUGUGAAUUUUCGUAAGCCGAGGAGAUCAUUCAAAAGAGUGGAAGGAAUGGAAAUAACCAAAUGAGAAAUUCAUUCAAUAAUUACAAUAACAUUUAAAUCCAACGGCAAAGUAAUUAAUAUUUUAUCCAGGCCAGUAAACAAAAAAAUAACUUGCAGCAAUGAUGAUGAGACCAUCCAUAAAAUGCAUUCCACAGCAUAAAUAACCCCAAGAGCUAAGCGACAGCAACAAAGUUGCAGCUGAGAAGGGAGAUCACAUAUUUUCUUAGGGAAUACAAAAAAAAAACAAAAAAAAAACAAAAAGGAGAAGAAGAAGAAAACAAAGUGCCAUGGCCAUGGAACUAAUAGAGCAGGAGCCACGCAUAGACUUUUUGCCGGGGGCCGAGGAGGAGGCAGAGUUUGAACGUUUGUAUGCCGCACCUGCAGAAAUUGUGGCAUUGCUGUCCAUCUUCUAUGGCGGCAUCAGCAUUGUGGCUGUCAUCGGGAAUACCCUGGUCAUUUGGGUGGUGGCCACCACAAGGCAAAUGCGCACCGUAACGAACAUGUACAUUGCAAAUCUGGCAUUGGCCGAUGUGAUAAUAGGACUCUUUUGCAUACCAUUUCAGUUUCAGGCGGCUCUAUUGCAGAGCUGGAAUCUGCCUUGGUUCAUGUGCAGCUUCUGUCCGUUCGUACAGGCGUUGAGCGUCAAUGUGUCGGUGUUCACAUUGACCGCAAUUGCCAUAGAUCGACAUCGUGCCAUCAUUAAUCCACUUAGGGCACGUCCUACGAAGUUCAUAUCAAAGUUCAUAAUUGCUGGAAUUUGGAUGCUGGCUCUGCUCUUUGCCGUGCCCUUUGCCAUUGCCUUUCGCGUGGAGGAGCUAACCGAAAGGUUUCGUGAAAACAAUGAGACCUUCAAUGUGACACGAAACUUUUGCAUGAACAAAAAUCUAUCGGAUGACCAGUUGCAAACAUUUCGAUAUUCUCUGGUUUUUGUCCAGUAUCUGGUUCCAUUUUGUGUCAUCAGCUUCGUUUACAUUCAAAUGGCAGUGCGAUUGUGGGGCACGAGAGCCCCAGGCAAUGCACAGGAUUCACGGGACAUAACACUGCUCAAAAACAAGAAGAAGGUCAUCAAAAUGCUGAUUAUCGUUGUGAUUAUCUUCGGUCUGUGCUGGCUACCGUUGCAGCUCUAUAAUAUACUGUAUGUGACGAUACCGGAAAUCAACGACUAUCAUUUCAUUAGCAUCGUUUGGUUCUGCUGCGAUUGGCUGGCAAUGAGCAAUAGCUGCUACAAUCCCUUUAUUUAUGGCAUCUACAAUGAGAAGUUCAAGCGAGAAUUCAAUAAGCGAUUCGCUGCCUGCUUUUGCAAGUUCCAGACGAGUCUCGACGCCCACGAGCGUACCUUCUCGAUGCACACGCGUGCCAGCUCCAUCAGGUCCACUUAUGCCAACUCCUCGAUGCGCAUACGAAGCAAUCUGUUUGGCGGCGGCGCCGGUCGUGGUGGCGGUGCCACUAACAAUGGCAUCAAAAAUGGUUUGCAUUUGCCACGAAAUGGGAUUCAAGGCGGCAACAAUGUCAGCCUGCUCUGCAGCCAGAACAACAACGGAGGAGGUGGAGCAGGAGGAGCAGGCAGCGCACACCAUCAUCAUCAUCAUCAGAGCGUGGUUACCUUUGUUGGUCCAUUGGUUCACGGUGCUCCAGGUUCAAGUAUUGGCUCUAUGCCGCCAUGGCGACGGAACAACUUCAAGCCUUUGCAUCCGAAUGUCAUCGAGUGCGAGGAUGAUAUGGCGCUCAUGGAGCUGCCAUCGAACACGCCACCCAGCGAGUAGCUAAACGGCAAAGUGGAUUCGCGGAGGGGCUGCAGGGCCAGCUGCAUUUGCGAGCAUUGCGAUGGUUCGUGCAUUCUCGGCGAGGUGGUAACCCGUGUCCACUUGCCGCUGCAGCAGGAGAGUAAGGGAUCAGCUCUAUGGGAUCAGCUCUAAGAUGGUUUUUAUACUCUUAGGGAUGGAAAGAUAUUGGUAUCUGUGAUUUUUGUCUUAAUGAAUUGUGAUUGCGAGUCCCCUGGAUAAUGAUGGCUCCAAGCGGAUUUGUGUUGAUUGUGUGGGUGAGUGUGGGUGGGGCCUGUACAGUAUUAUAAUUAUGGAAAACUUGUCAACUACAGCUAAAAUUUACGUUCCUUAAAGCACAACAUAUACAAACAUUAUGUAGACUUUGCUUAAAAACGAUAUCGAUUGUUUAUUACUUUAAAGCUUUCACCAAAUCAAAUUUGAAAUGAAAUACGUACCAACUAAUUAUGUAAACAGAGCUCGCAAAUAAGACUCAA